ACGGGCGCCGGCGGGGCGCGGCGGAGCCAUGCUGUCCAGGAAGGGGAUCAUCCCCGAGGAGUACGUGCUGACCCGCCUGGCCGAGGAUGUGCCGGAUCACGCCCGCUACCACGCCCGGGAGCGGCGGGCCCGCUUCGUGGGCAAGAACGGCGCCUGCAACGUGGCCCACAAGAACAUCCGCGAGCAGGGCCGCUUCCUGCAGGACGUCUUCACCACGCUGGUGGACCUCAAGUGGCCGCACACGCUGCUCAUCUUCACCAUGUCCUUCCUCUGCACCUGGCUGCUCUUCGGCAUGGGCUGGUGGCUCAUCGCCUUCGCCCACGGCGACCUGGACCACAGCACCCAGGUGGAGCAGGGCGGGGACCCCGGGGGCUUCGUGCCCUGCGUGACCAGCAUCCAGUCCUUCACCUCCGCCUUCCUCUUCUCCAUCGAGGUGCAGGUGACCAUCGGGUUCGGCGGGCGCAUGGUGACCGAGGAGUGCCCGGCCGCUAUCCUGGUGCUGAUCGUGCAGAACAUCGUGGGCCUGGUCAUCAACGCCAUCAUGCUGGGCUGCAUCUUCAUGAAGACGGCGCAGGCCCACCGCCGGGCCGAGACCCUCAUCUUCAGCAAGCACGCCGUGAUCGCCCUGCGGGAGGGCAAGCUCUGCUUCAUGCUGCGGGUGGGCGACCUGCGCAAGAGCAUGAUCAUCAGCGCCACCAUCCGCAUGCAGGUGGUGAGGAAGACCACCAGCUUGGAGGGCGAGGUGGUGCCCCUCCACCAGAUCGACAUCCAGGUGGAGAACCCGGUGGGGAGCAACAGCAUCUUCCUGGUGGCACCGCUCAUUGUCUGCCAUGUCAUCGACCAGAACAGCCCCCUCUAUGACAUCUCCCCUCUCCACCUUAACCACCAGGAGGACCUGGAAGUCAUCGUCAUCUUGGAAGGUGUGGUGGAGACCACGGGCAUCACCACCCAAGCCCGCACCUCUUACCUGGCUGACGAGAUCCUCUGGGGCCAGAGGUUUGUGCCCGUUGUGGCCGAGGAAGAUGGGCGAUACUCUGUGGACUACUCCAAGUUUGGCAACACGGUGAAAGUGCCCACCCCUUCUUGCACUGCCCGGGAGCUGGAGGAAAACAGAAGCAUCAUAGACACCAUGUUACGGUCGCCUAAAGGCACCAUUAGGAAGCGGACUGUCAGGUUAAAGCCCAAAUUUACCAUCUCUGAUGAGCCUUCUUGACACACGUGGUAGAGGAAACUCUGGUGGGGCUGUGUCUGAAACAUGCAAUAAGCACAAACUCUUGAGCCUUUCUUUAUUUUUUCUUAUUCCGGUUGGUAGCACAAGGUAUGUGUUGUGUAAUUUAUUGCAGGACAAUUGUAUUCUAUUAUUAUUGGUAAAGUUGUGAGAGAUUUUAAGCAGCCUUGGAGGGGUGAAAAUGUUCAUCUGCUGCUUUCAUUUAAAAAUCCUGACUCUUGCAUUUAUUUGCAUGAUUGUUUUUGGACUGAGUCAACCACAUGGGAAUUAGACCUUCCCUUGAAAAGUAACUUCAUAUCUGCCCUGGGAGGUUGCAAUAUUUAGGGCUUUGCAAUGUCUGUCAUCCAGUCAGUAGUUUUUAACUGCUUUUCUGAAUAGAAACAUUAUCAUGAUACAGAAAAAGCCUUUAACAAUUAUUAUUAUUAACCUUGAGUUGGAACUUAAAUAAUAAUAAUAAAAAAGGUCAGGGAGUAAUUUUUAUGAGAAGGAUAAGUCUGGAUAUGAAGGUGCCUGUUUAAGUCAUGGUACUUUGUCUUGCAGAAAUAAACUUACAGAUUUAAUUUAGACCAUAUUGUACUGUCUGGAUCCAUUGACUGCAAGUGUAGUAGGAGAGUCAUUUGUAUAUGUAUUUUUGUAUCUUUUCAAACCCUUCUACAGUGCCUCAAAAGAGGAUAUGUUAUAUCUAUUUUUGAUAGCGAGUAAUGCAGCUAUGGUUUCUAAAAGGGUUUGUCUUUACAAAGCAGAACAGAUAUUAAUUGAUGUUAUGUAACUGAAAUUAAUUAUGGAAAAGAAAAAUACCUUCAUCAAUUGCAAACAAA